AUGGACCCUCUCCACAUCACCGAGUUCGGGUCCGAUCGGUAUCUGGAGAAGAUCAGUCAGUCACAUGCGAGUGCGACACAGUCGGAGAUUCCCGUGGCCGGGAGAUCUCCAUCGCAGUUUAUAUUACCGUUUCGGGCGCCAAAUCCAUUAGAUGCGGACGAUUCCAUUGUCAAGUCGGGCGACCAGAAACGCCUGGAGAAGAAAGGGUUUCUGGGAUUUAGAGCCAAAUUUCAUACCAAAGGCACACCAGCUCACUCUGGCGUCGAGCCUCCAGAACGGCGGCCGUCACUAACCGAGACGACGACGACCAAACCAAGUCUUCCAUUCGAUCAGCUGUUCCAGUUUCUACCAAACGAAUUGCAGGUUGAAAUAAUAGCCUCGCUCCCCCUCUCCGACAUAUUGAGUCUACGAUUAGCCUCAAGAUCUCUCCACGCUUUAGUGUCGUUCAAUGAGGCUCCUAUUACACGUUAUCAUCUCGACUAUCACGUUCCCGCUUACGCCAAACGUCUAUAUCCAAUCUCUGGGGGAGCUUCUCUGAACUUUCAUUAUCUAUGUGGGAUAUGGCAUAGGCUUCACGUGGCAGCUAAACUCUCGUACUUAAUGUGCGAGUGGAUAUCUAAAGAGCUCUUCUUGAGGAACACGGAGGAAAAGAAGAAAGAGUUUGCCCCACAGCGGGAACGGAUGCGGCGCCGCCUGAUCCCUCUGCUUCUUACAGUCUUCCAUUUCUUCGAAACAUACCGAGAUCUCCACCUCCAGUAUCUCACCAACCGCAACGGGAAGGGUUUGCUCAAGGAGCCCUAUACGGUCAAUCCCAUUGAAACGCAAAUUUUGAACAUGUACGAUGACCGGACUCUGCUCCGUGUACACGAGGCUUUUCCCCUGGUAAUAUCCUCCUUCUGCAGACGGCUUCGUCCCCCAUCCUAUGUCGGUCGGGUGGAGCGGUCGCUGAGGGGGUACCUCCGGGAAAAGCCGCCGGACGAAGUGCAUGUCGCAAUACUCUGUAUUGGUGGCCUGCGAGAGGUUGAAAGAAUUUGGGAAGUCAAGGGCUACAACACGCGGCGAGCAGCUGUGGACAACUGGUAUAACUCAGUUACCCGGGAUUUGGCUGACCCAGAGCAGCCAAAGAAACGGCGGGGCAUGCUCGGGUUAAAACGUAAGAAAUCAUUAACAUUGACUUUUGGAAAAGCCCAUACAACCGAAGUUCCCCCCACAGCCCGGGCACCAGACGACUCAUCCGCCAUGAAUGGAGACCCGGCGCGAGGUUUUGUCUUUAGCACAAGCUUGUCAGAAGGCAUGCCCAUGGGUUCUCUAACAAGAGAUCAGCUCAAGAUCCUCCUCCCGGACCUCCCUGUAUUGCAGAAAAUAUGGUCCGAGACGGCUGAAGCGAUGAUUUUGGACCGGAAGGUUGUUGAGCGGUCCUCCGACAUAAGGCGGAAUGCUCAAAUCCUUACCGAUUUAAUUCGGGAGGAUGGUGUCGAAGACGAGGAUCAAUGGUGGUAUGGUACUGGCGCUCCUGAAUCUGUACGGCCAAAUUUGGAAGCUAUCGAGGAGGAUCCAUUAGAGUGA